CCGACGAGGGUUACAGGAUGUUGACCAACACAGAGAAAAACGUAGUCCGAUCGAUCCGAAAAAUCAAAUUUUUCGUCGCUCGACGGAAAUUCAAAGAAGCACUUCGCCCGUACGAUGUCAAGGAUGUAAUUGAACAAUACUCGGCUGGACAUUUGGAUAUGCUUGGACGAAUAAAAAUAUUACAAAGCAGGCUGGAUCGAAUUCUCGGACGAAGUAGCGCAAAGGAGGAUCUCUCGCCAGAAUCUCAGGUUACCUUAUCUUCAAGAAUCAUAAAAAUUGAGCAAAAAGUCAGCAACAUUGAAGCUAAGCUGAACGCACUACUUAACUGCUACUUGGAGAGACAACCCACUGUAUAUCCUCAUAAUGGGUCCAGACCAGACUGUUUGACUGCCGGAAUCCGUCCAAGGCAAUCCGACUGUCUUGAUGUGGGACCAACUUUCAGCUGUGUGAAUCCACAGCACAGAGUCUCGGAUCAUAGACCGGUGGAACCAAAGCAGCAAAUUGUUUCCGAUGGCAAACAACCACCCGAGAAUGUCGAAGAUUCAACUAAUGAUGGUUCGGUCGAAGGCGGGAACGUUAUACGAAGAUGUAUGAUUAAGUCGCCAACAGAACAUAACCUUAGGGAAUCUUCUGAGGAUGCCACAGUUCUGAGAAUGAGCGCGUCAUCCAGCUGCCAUCCUAAAUCAGCUGCUCACACCAACACCCUGCCCAUCAGAAGGUCGAUGAAAGCUGAUCCGAUAGCAGGCCGCAAUACCAGGGUCCAUUUUUCCAUUUCAAAUUCAGACCAACAACCCACAACAUCGGUGGAUUCUGAAUGAUACAUUCAAAAUCCGCCUGUGAACACCAGACUUUUUUCUAUGACAUAAUCAUCUCAGCCGCGGUUGUAACGUCUGGCGCCGUAAAUGUCUUUCCAAUUACUUCAUCGGUAGUUCACCAGAUUUCCGUGAAUCGUAGACUAUUUCCUCAUUUCUUUAUACGCAAGUUGGUUGAAGACAUGGUCGUUCCACUCAAAUUCAGCCAAAAAUAAAGCUUCUCAACCCACUCACUUAUGAAUCAGAGUGAAAUGCUCACAGAA